GCUGCUGCGGGAACAUGAGCCAGCCCCUGACUUCACUUGGAUGCUCUAUAUAAGUCCAGGAAAACAACAGGCGCUCGCAGAGCUCACGGGCUGGAUUUAAUCAAAGUCGGGAACGACCUGGGAGGGAUUUCAGCGAGGGAGCACCGCAGUUAUGUCACAGCCAGCCCCUGUGAAAAAGAAGCGUCCUCCAGUGAAGGAAGAAGACCUCAAAGGAGCCAGAGGAAACCUUGCCAAAAACCAGGAAAUUAAAUCUAAGACCUACCAAGUGAUGAGGCAGUGUGAACAAAUGGGCUCUGCAGCACCUUCCAUAUUCAGCGGGGCUCGGACAGGGGGUGAAACAGUCUUUGAGAAACCAAAGGAUGAGCCAGCCAAGAGCGUCUUUGGCUGACGGUGACCUGGACAUGACUCACCAAAAUGAUUGUUGUAACAUUUUUCAAAUCUUCUGUUCCUUGCACUAAAGUCGCUGUAGACUCAAGUAGCUAAUUUCUACUGUAAGUCCUUAAGUAGUGAAUAUACUCAUGUCAAAGAGUAAAAUUCCAUGUUCAUUUUUAUUACAUGCUUUCUUUCUAUAUAUUGGAUAAUGUUUGCUAUAAUUGUUUAAUAAAAAAGGUUGUUGGACUCA